CACCAUCAUCCUGCACGCACGAACGCACGCACAAUCAACAUGAUGCUCAUCUGCUGGGAUCAUCCUGUCUGGCAACCGGGCUAAGCGUUGAUCGGCUAGAACAGCUGUUUGUGAGCUUUCUAUCAUCUCCAGCAACCCUGUUACCAGGCCCCGAUUGGGGCCUGCUGGUUACACAGCACAGGACCACAAUGUCCAAGUAUCCUUCCGGUUAUCGGACCGUGCAUGGUUUUAGGGAAUGGAACAUCUCGCCCCCCUCCCCCCGCACGCAGCACGCACUCACACACAUGCGCGCAUGAUUUAUUUAGCGACAAGCGAUCUGGUUGGGAUCAACAGUCUAGGCACCCACCCUCCCCAUGCACCUCCCUACUCGACACCACAACCCACGGACACCCUUUCCAUGUAUAUCCUCAAAAAAAAAAAAAAACCUGUCCGGAUCCGGUUCGAGUCCCGGCUGCGGCAGUGCAGAGUGGCCCCAAAACAGGUGUGCUUGUGGUUGUGUGUGUGUGUGUGUUGUGUGUGGAACAUGUUCGCUGGGAACGAGCGAGGUGAACACAGAGCAACCUGCCGCAUGGCACAGUGCUACUGCAGCGUUGCUCACCUGACACACCAGCACACUCCGAGCCCGCCGCUCGGAAACCGGUUGUGUGUGUUUCAGAUGACAACGACAACCACGAAUGGCGACGACAACAACGGGCGGAUCGCGUUAAACCCCCCACGCACGCGACUAUCAGGACUGAUGAGGUACCAGCACCACGGGGUGACGACUGGCGAUGAAGACUGCCGGAGGAGUUGACCACAAAGAUCCGCUCUGAGGCGAGAAACACGCAGCCGGAUCGGAUAUGGAUCGCUAAUAGCAGAGUGCUCCCGGGUGAUCCAAUGUACACGAUUCACGAGGGAGGGAACCAGCUUAUCAGCUAAAGCUCUCCAUCCCCCACCCCCCACCCCUUUCUCCAUCUUCGAUUCCAAUUCCAGGAACGUUUGUUGUGAUACACAAAGUUUACACACAUAUAUGCUGUUGAAUGUGAAUCGAUCCGUUGGCUAGACCAAACAAUAACAACAAGCGCUCGCUAGAACAGUUUUGUACGCCGCUCUGCUCUCUAGCCAGCUGCAACUGCGCAGCAGCAACAGCACUGGGCUUUUUUGCCUGGUGCAUGUGUCGUGCGCGGGGUGUCCGUGUGCUGUACGGUGUGGCAAAGGAGGAAGCUGUUUGCAUCCGCAACGGUAGGUCCGCCAAUCCAGCCCACCACCACCUGAGAUGUCAGUCAGUCAGUCAGUCAGGCCACUCUGUUUGGUUUGGUGCUUGCUUUUCUUCCUCUCCACCUCUCCUACCACCACUCAAACGUGAUCCGCGCGUGUGUGUAUGUGUGUGUUUGUUUGGAGCGCUUUCGAACGUGAGUACCGGCCGCCGCCCCGCUAUGGUACCUGCUCGAACCGUCGUCCUCUGGCAGGAGGCGGCGUUGAUUGUACUAGGACUGACGCUCGCUGGCACCCCGUGCACCAUCGCUAACCGAGAGCACAAGGUGCACAACAUCGUGCUGUACCCGAACAAGCAGUCCUGGUGUACGACGCGCAACAUUAGCCAGGUGAUAACCGAGCCGGGUUGCAAGCAGGUGACGAUCGACAACAAUGUGUGCGUGGGCGCUUGCUUUAGCUACUCGAUCCCGCAUACCGAACCGUCGGAUCCCGGCGAGAUCAUCGGACCGUACUGUGACUCUUGUCAACCGUCCGAUGUGUCCUACAAAAGGGUGAAGGUGGAUUGCACGGAGCAUCCGAGCAUGAAAACGCCCUACAUCUACAAGCACAUCCAGCUCAUCCACAACUGCUCGUGUACGGCAUGCGAGGAGCAAUCGGUCGGUGCCACUGGUGUCGGUACCCACCGUCUGGCUGACGCUCAUCCGGAACAGUCGCUACCGGGUUCGGGUGAACACCGUUAUGCUCCCGCAUCCUUGAGCCACCACCAGCACCACCAGGUCAGACUGGACAGUGACCCUCAGGGUGUGCACACUCCUGCCGCAACUGCCAGUACCGGGGGUAGCGAUAUGAUACAGGACGAUAUACCGGAGAUUCUCGAGGUGGUGCAUUACAGCGAGAACGAUACGGAACCGAUCCGUCAUACGCCGGUACACGAGCUCCAGACGCACACCGGUGGCACCAGCUACCUGCAGCAACAGCAGCUCAACCAUUACGAACACAACAGCCACACAGACAAUGUGAAGAAGUUGCUACACCAGAAGAUCACGAAGCUGCUGCGCUCAAUCGAGGCGACGAACUCGGCGGCCGACCGGGAGCAGCUGGUCGAGAUGAUACGGUUGAUCAAGGGUACGAGCGAUCGGAACUGGGACGAGCUGGUCGACAGUUUGCAGUCGGAGAACGCGAUCCUCGACUUCGACCGAUUGCGCACGGAACUGGUGGAGGAGGGCGAGGAGGGCCAAGAGGAGGAAGAUGCGGUGCCGACGCCGGAGAAGGGCGCUUCUCCGAGACCUACGGUAGUCACCCGUGCUGAAACCGAACUGUUAACAAUCAACCAGCUGCCACACCAGAGGCAGCAGGACGAUGAUGGAGACAACGAUGAGGAGGACGACGAGCAAGAGCAGGAAGAUGCGAAGGAGUACCGUCAUGGUCACGGUAGUAGUGGCGUUGUUGGCACCGUAAAGGACGCGGAUAGUUCACCAGCAAAGGAAUUGCCACAGGCGACCGGGACGGCCGGAGACCAUGAUGCUAGUGGCGAUCACCGGCGGUUGAUGCAGCACCAGUACAGUGCGUUACGCCUGCAUUGGCCACAGGCCGCUGGAGGAGCGCCGCACGAACCGCAAGCAGCCGGCAGUGGACGCAUGAUGGAGGGAAUGGGUGGGAAUGCGCAGCAUCAACAGCAUAACCACCAUCACCAUCAGCACGUGGUCGGGGAGCGGGUCGAUGCUCACCACCAUCUUGGCUGGGGACCGCAUGGGGCACUCGUGAUACGUGCUAACGAGGAAGAUCUGGAGGAACACCGGAGCAUACAGAAUGGGCACGAGAUACAGGAGAAGAUCAACAUACAUGCCCACGAGCUGAAACCGAACCAUGCCGGCACGGUUGUGACGUACGAUCAUCGGUCGGCGCGCGAUAGCACAGGUACUGGCCACGAUCCCCAGCACGACGUCGCCCAUAGUUCGCACCACGUGAAGCAUGGUUCUGGAAAGGAGGCGCAGCAGCAGCAGCAGCAUCACCACCACCACCAUUCCAAUCAUAACCAUCACCUGCAGCACCAGCAGCAGCACCAUCAUCACUCGCAACGUCAUGGUCAGCGAAUUGAAAGCGAACUACACAAGCCGGAGCCGCACGGGCAGGAGGUUCAACACCAACACACGCAACACCAUGGGGCUAACCCUGGAUCGCAUGGCUUAGCUAGCGGAGGUGUGGUGGCGGGCGCUGAUAACCAGUGAGUCAGUGGAGCUCCCUGGAACUCGCUUCGAAAUGUCCGAACGAACACCACGGGCGCGUUCACAAACGUAGUGUUUGCCGUCAGUGGGAUGCAGGGUGUUGCGAUUUGUUAGUAGAUAUACUUAAAAUUGCAUGUUAAGGUGUUGCGAAGAUCGCUUCAACACGAAAAAGCACCACGCGAAGCCACCAUCUUUGGCUGACCAAAAGGGCUGGCUGGAGUGGAACGGACUCGGUCCCCCGCACUUUCUUUAGUUUCGCAUACUUAAGGUCCUCUAGUCGUCUAGAUAUUUUGCAAACAAUUUCGGAUUUAAACAAUGAUACGAAUAAUUUGGCAGGAACAUAAAUUUAGAACACAGUGAGUCCAGUGAGCGCGCAAGCUGAUAGGGCAAUGGAAAGGGGAGUGAGAAGGAAGAGAUCGUCAUUAGCAUGAGGCACCGGCCGACGUGUAGUCGUCGUUUGCUAUAUCGUACGUUGUUUGUUGACGAACUUUGUAUACCACAGCACCGACAAAGGGGAGGGGGGGAAGAGGGGGAGUGGGCCGGUUUAAUCCGGAAGCACAUAUUUAUAUAUUAGUGUGGCCAUCGCAUUGCAAAGCAGCGUUACCCUGUACAACUCACAGCACUCUGCAAGCUUAGAGCGUCCAGGAGAAUCGGAAAAUCGAAACGAUUAGUAUAUAUAAGCGUAUCUCUGAUAAGUUGUUCCAUGUUUUUCGCUUUGUUUCUCUUGGGUUAUUAUUACUGUACCAUGCAAACCAUGAUUGCCCUUUCUGGCGUCCGUUGAGCUAGAUGGGGUUGGGUCUACCUACUAGCCUGCACUAUUGGUGGCGGGAGGG